UUACAUUUUCAUGAUUGUUUCGUUAAUGGUUGUGAUGCUUCAAUUCUUCUUGAUCAAACUUCUACUAUUAAUAGUGAAAAGACUUCUCGUGCUAAUAACAAUUCAGCCAGAGGAUUUGAGGUGAUUGAUAAAAUUAAAUCAGAGGUUGAUAAAGUUUGUGGACGUCAAGUUGUGUCUUGUGCUGACAUCUUAGCUGUUGCAGCUCGUGACUCU